AUGAAGCCCUCAGCCAAUAAUUAUGACGUGUUACCUGAGCUUUGUGGUGCUUGCACAAAAGAUGAAAGGGUAUCUUCCAACAUCACACAUGUCAUCAAACAAGGCCCGACGCACCCCAAGAGCCUUAUUGGCGAAAUCGAAAUUUCUAGCCCGUCACCCCAAAGCGCGGUCUCUGAAUGCAACAAAAAUAAACAACAACAGGCGUCUUUGCUUGAGGUAAUCCGUGGACAUGCAGAAACCCGCCCCCAUCACGUUGCCGUUUGCGCCACGGACGGAACACUAUCGUACGCGCAACUAGAAAAAAUCACGACGCGGUGGGCCAUCUAUCUUCAGAUCCAGGGGGUCGGACCUGGAUGCCUGGUUCCACUGAUGAUGGACCAUUCUAAGUGGGCGGCCGUUGCGGAAAUCGCCAUCCUGAAGGCCGGGGGGGCCUUUGUGCCAUUGGAUCCGGCGCAGCCAGUAGCCAGACUGGAGGAUAUUGUCCAACAAAGUAAUGCCAAACUCGCUGUUUCCUCUCGCAGCCAUUUUGAUAGGUUAUCGAACCUUGUGGCAACCGUUAUUCCGAUAUCAGAUGAGACGACAACAGGUCUACCUAUACCCUCCCUAGGUACUCUGAAACCCCCCACCCUUGAUCGUACUGCUUAUGUUCUCUUCACGUCUGGAAGUACGGGGCGUCCCAAGGGAUGUGUCGUCAGCUACAAGGCUCUGAGCGACGUCAUACAUCAAACUCCAGCACUGAAAAUUGGCCCUCUCAGUCGGGUGCUGCAAUUCGCUUCAUACACCUACGGAAUGUCUCUGAUUGAGAUAUAUUGUACAUUGUCGGUUGGAGCGACGAUAUGUGUACCAUCAGACGAUGAAAGACUGAAUGCGUUGAGCAGUGUUAUACAAUCCAUGCAGACGACAUGGGCCAUCCUCACCCCUUCAACAACCUUGUCCAUUACAGAGUCGGUGGGCCACCUACAGACAUUAGUCGUUGCAGGUGAGGCCUUGACGCUCGACCGGGUUCACGCUUUGGCGGCGAAGGUUGAGCUCAUCCAGGCGUUCGGACUAACCGAAUGGGGUGGAAUUUGCUGCGUGUCACAACGAAUUACCUUGGACUCCGAUAGACGAGUCAUUGGCCGUGCGCCGACUGCGCGUUUAUGGCUUGUCGAUCCCAAUGACAGUAAUAAACUGGCCCCGGUCGGCGGAGUAGCUGAGCUCCUGGUUCAAGGUCCAGCCCUCGCAGAGGGGUAUUUAGGACAACCCGAGCAAACAGCCGCAGUCUUCCUAAAGGAUCUGCCCUGGUUGCCACCAUUAGCCACUGAUAGCAUUUUAUACCGAUCCGGCGACUUGGUUCAAUACACAUCCAAUGGAGACCUGCGAUAUAUUUCGCGAAAGGACAGUCAAGUCAAGAUCAGGGGUAUGCGUGUUGAACUAGCUGAGGUAGAAUAUCAGAUCCGCCAAGCAUAUACCCAGUUGGACCAAGCAAUUGUCGAAGCCGCACCCCCGAAGGAUUCCAAUGGGAUACCUGUCCUCGUCGCGUUUUUGUAUUCGGAGAACCAAAACGAGUUAUCGGGACAGACCUUCUUGAACAUGAUUGAGAAGAUCAAGAAUUUCCUAGCUUUGACGCUUUCGGAUUAUAUGUGCCCCAGCGUUUAUGUACCGUUAGACUCAGUCCCCGUGACAAUCUCCAGAAAGGUUGACAGAAAAGCUCUUAAGGAGACUAUUCUAACUUCCACACGCAAAGAGCUGGAGAGGCAGCAGUCUGCCCCCACGUCGAUAGUCCGACCACAGACUGACGCUGAACGACUUACACUGGAGCUAGUCGCCGAGGUGCUCCGUUUAGAGCCACUCUCCUUUGGUCUGGGCCACAACUUUGUGAGCCUUGGUGGUGAUUCCGUCACGGCUAUGCUGUUGGUUAAUAGAUUGGCGAAGCGCAACUACACGGUCACUGUUGGGGCACUCCUUAGCCCACAAAGCCUGUCUGAUGUCGCAUCUCUCCUCCAACAACGGACCAGAGCCCCUAGAGAUGAAGGGUGGCAGAACAAUCUCGCAGUCGAGGCGAAGUUGAAAAGCCACGCUGAACUAAACGGCAGUGUCACUAUCCCCAGGCUUGUUCACCACGGUCCUAUUGAACAAUCGUUUUCGCAGGCGCGAAUGUGGUUCCUGCAAGAGAUGCAUGCAGACUCGACAUGGCUACUCCUCCCCCACGCCACGCGCUUUCGGGGUCCAUUCCAGCUCAAAGCCCUAAAUGCUGCCCUUUCCGCGGUGGUUGAACGCCAGGAAGCCCUCCGAACCACCUUCACGAGCCGCAAUGGGGUUGGGUUGCAAGUUAUCUCCCCAUUUCAGCAUCUGUCCUUGAAGGUUGUAGAUUUGAACUCUGCAUCGGAUGACGAAUUCCUGGGCCGCAUCCACCAGCAGCAAAAUACUCCGAUGGACUUGACCAAAGAGUGCUGGCGUGUCACCCUCUUCCGACUGUCCCCCACGGACCAUGUCCUUUCAAUUGUCCUACACCACAUCAUCGCGGAUGGCUGGUCCUUCGACAUCUUUGUGAAAUCCUUAGGAAGAUAUUAUAAUGCGUUCCUGCGAGGACAGUCUCCGCUCGACGUCGACGCGCCUCUUUCAAUUCAGUAUCGAGACUUCACCGUCUGGCAGCGACAUGAGAAAGCUAGCCUCCAUGAUGAGCAGCUCGCUUACUGGGAACGCCAGCUAGACGGCAGCCAGCCGCUAGAGUUUCUGUGUGAUAAACCCCGACCUACGAUGCUCUCUGGUAAGGCUGGGUGGCUGCCGGUGGAGGUUGACGGGUCUCUGUAUCGGGACCUGCAGCGCUUUUGUCGCUCUUACCUGGUCACCCCCUUUUCGGUCCUGUUGGCUGCCUUCCGGGCGACUCAUUUUCGGCUCACUGGUGCCUCUGACGCAACAAUCGGCAUCCCUGCUGCCGCUCGCACGUGUACAGAGCUGGAGGACCUGAUCGGUUAUUUUGGCAACGUUCAGUGCAUCAGGACUAAGGUCGAAAGUCAAGAUCAGUCCUUCCACCAACUUGUGGAUCAGGUCCAAUCGGUCACCACCGCUGCUUUUGAAAACCAAGAUGUACCUUUUGAUAAAAUUGUUUCACGACUUAUGAAGGACCGUGAUGUUUCUCGCCAUCCAUUGGCUCAGGUUACGUUUAUUCUCCAUCCGCAGACCAACUUUGGUCAGCUACGACUGGACGGCCUCCAAGUGGAACAACUGCAUCUCCCACAAGUCUCAAGACUCGAUCUCGAAUUCCAUCUGUAUCCAGCAGAUGACUGCCUUCGAGGAGAUAUCCACUAUUCCGUGGACCUGUUCUAUGAAAAAACGAUGCAAGGAAUGCUCUCAGUGUUUUAUGACGUGCUCAGGGAAGGCCUCCGUGAGCCAGAUAUGGAUGUUGGCUCCCUCCACCUGACCGACGGUUAUAGCACGUUAAAUGAGCAAGGUUUGAUAUAUCCAGACCCUAAGCCUCCUUCUCCAGCGUUGAGUAUUAUCCACAUGUUCCUUGAGCAAGUGGCUGCUCAUCCACAUGUAAUUGCGGUCCGAGAUAUCAAGACUCAGCUCACCUAUUCUGAGCUCGAUCAGAAAUCCUCCUUCCUGGCCGCCUGGUUGACAAAGCGAUACUCAUUGCCAUUAGAAACUCCGGUCGGGGUCUAUGCCCCUAGGUCAUGUGAGGGCAUUAUCGCUAAUUUCGGUAUUAUGAAGGCAGGACUGACGUAUGUCCCUCUGGAUGUCGAUGCUCCGAUGGACCGCGUUGGGACUAUUUUGUCUUGCCUCCCCGCGUGUCACAUUGUCUUAUUGGGAUCUCAUCAGGUACCCCCUAAUGUCUCUGCGCCGGGUGUGAAAUUUCCGUAUAUCGCGGACUCAUUGGGCGAAGCGACAGCGCAGGAUGUGCGGACAUUUUUGAGCACCACACCCAUCACCCGUCCGAACAGCCUGGCAUGUAUACUAUUCACAUCUGGUACGACUGGAAAGCCGAAGGGAGUUAUGAUGGAACAGUAUGGCAUCGUUCGGCUGGCCAAAGACCCCGAGAUCGUGGCCCACGUCGCCGCCUCUAGGGUGUCGUCGUACAUGCUCAACCCCGUGUUUGAUGCCUCUGGGUUCGAUAUAUACCCUGCCCUGUUGAAUGGCGGCACACUGGUGUGCAUUGAACGACAGGCCGUCUGGGACUACACUGCGCUGGAAGAAGUCUUUGUCAAGAACAGGGUACGGCGGGCCGUGAUGACUCCUGCCAUGCUGAGCCAGUGCCUCGUCUCCGCCCCGGGUGUACUGCGUGGGCUGGAUAUCCUGUACGUCGGGGGCGAUAAGCUGUCACCAGCCGACGUUAGGAAGGCGCGGUGCUCUAGGGGCAACCCACGGAUCUUCAAUUGCUAUGGACCCACCGAGAACUCGGUCAUUAGCACGCGGUACGCCGUCUCCGAUGACGAGCCCGGCGUCAAUGGCAUCCCAAUAGGACGCACAAUAGUUGAAUCGGGCGCGUACGUGAUGGACCGCAACCUGCGGCUGGCACCCAUUGGUGUCCUGGGCGAGCUGGUCGUCACCGGAUUGGGCCUGGCCCGCGGGUAUGUCAACCCUGAGCACGACCUGAACCGCUUCGUGUCGAUCGAUAUCGGCGGCCGCACCGUUCGUGCCUAUCGCACUGGGGACAUGGUUCGUUACCGGCCUAGUGACGGACAGAUGGAGUUCUUCGGUCGCAUGGACCAGCAACUGAAGAUCCGCGGUCACCGCAUCGAGCCUGCGGAGAUUGACAAUAUCUUACUUAGCAACGACUUCAUCACCACCGCUGUGACAGUGGUGCAGAAACGAGCCACGCAGACGGAGUCAGAGCUGGUCAGCUUUGUUACUGUGCAGGACUCCGCCCAACAUCUAGAUCGCUUGGAGGACAGUGUUCAGAAUGGCCAUGUCGACGCCUGGAGGGAUAAAGCGGAUGCGGAUGAUCACUACGGCGGCGUUAAUAACAUCCAACCGGAAACUCUGGGUCGAGACUUCUUAGGUUGGGUUUCAAUGUACACAGGCGAGCCGAUUAUGGAAGCGGAGAUGAAUGAGUGGCUGAAUGAUACUAUCGCUGCUAUCCGCCGGUUGGAGCCCAGUCGGGUCCUGGAGAUCGGAACGGGCACGGGAAUGAUUCUAUUCAAUCUUAUUGGCAGUAUAACACAGUAUUUUGGCCUAGACCUGUCCAGUCAGGCAGUUCGCUUUGUUCAGGAGGCAGUGGGUUGGGUUGAUGGGGCGGCAAAGAAGGUCAAUGUGCAGGUCGGCACCGCAGCCGACCUGGCCGCUGUGAAGGGCGCAGGGCAAUUGGAUCUCGCUAUAAUAAACUCCGUGGUGCAGUACUUCCCCUCGAUAUUUUAUCUGCGCACAGUGAUAUUGGAUCUUAUCCACACCCAAGAUGUCAAGUGUAUCUUCUUCGGUGAUAUCCGCUCGUACGCCCUCCACCAGGAGUUCCAAGCCAGCAACGUGCGACAUCUCUACGGUCACACCUUGACCGCGCCAGAAUUUCGGCGGCGAAUGGCGGAGGCUGCCCGCUCUGAGCGAGAGCUUUUGGUUGAUCCAACUUUCUUCAUUGCGCUGGCUGCAGAACUGCCAGGCCUGAUUGAGCACGUUGAAAUCCUUCCCAAGCAGAUGAAAGUCACCAAUGAACUCAGCUGUUAUCGAUACACCGCAAUCCUACAUAUCAAACGCUCUGACCAGCCAUCGUUGGAUAUUCGAGAGGUCGACCAAAGUUCAUGGAUUGACUUUGAAAUGCAGGGAUUGGACUCCCGAUCCCUGGCGCAACUGCUGACGACGCCCGAAAGUCCUCAUGUCCUCGCCGUUAGCAACAUCCCCUACAAAAAGACGAUUGAGGAGCGAUUUUUAAUCGAUGCUCUUCGGUGCUCGAUACCGGGAACCAAUAGCGCAGGGUGGAGUCUGGAUGCCUGCAAGCGAGCCCAUGCUUACCCGGCCCUAGCGGCAGUUGAUUUACUGGAUCUUGCGCAACAGACAGGGUGGGAGGUGGAGAUCAGUUGGGCAAGGCAAGGCUCGCAGCGCGGGGGGUUGGACGCGAUCUUCCAUCGUCCUACCGCCACUCAGACCACAAGGCGUGUGCUAUUCCAAUUCCCAACAGAUUGUCACAAUCCUGGCCCCGUCGACAUCUUCAGUAAUAGCCCGUUGAAACUGCGGCGGAAUCAACUUGUCGAAAGCCAACUCCUGGAGAAUCUCCGUGCCAAGCUUCCGUACUAUAUGGUUCCCCAGCUGGUCCGAGUACUAGACCAGAUGCCAAUGAAUAAUGUUGGUAAAGUGGACAGAAAGGCUCUCGGGCAACGGAACGACCUGGGCUCCACACCUGCCGGCGCCACCAAGUCAAAAUUGCUCUCCGGGCAAGCGCCGUCUUCGUUCUCAAAUGAGGCGGAGCGUACAUUGUGGGAAGAGUUCACGAGCGUGCUUGGGGUGGAGGUGGGGAUCAAAGAUAGUUUCUUCGAUCUCGGUGGCCACUCCCUGAUGGCCGUCAAGCUAGUUUCCAGGAUUAACAAGCGACUGGGAUCCACAUUGCGCGUGAGUGAGCUCUUUCAGUAUCCUACAAUCAAUCGUCUGGGCCAGCGUUUGCAAGGGUCCGGAGUUCCUCCGUCCGGCGUUGCCGUCACCAACACCUACACGCCGUUCUCUCUGCUAGAUGACAGUAGCCUCACUUCGGUGCAGGCAAUCAAUUCAUCUCACUUGUCCGAAAUGCAGCUGCCCUCUACGGUUGUCAUUAUGGAUAUCUCCCCUGUCACCGAGUGUCAGGCUUGGCUUUUGAGGGACUGGAGCUUAGUGUCACACUCUUUUACAAUCUAUGGAGACCUCGACGUCGCUCGGUUCCGGUCCGCCUGUCAGAUGGUGGUGCGGCAGCAUUCGAUCUUACGGACUGUCUUCACCACCUUACAGGGGCGCUUGGUCCAGGUCAUUUGUGAAUCUGUUGAUGCGCCCUUCGUGCACGAGACCGCCGACCGCAUCCCAGAUGCACGCAACACCGUUGACAAUGAGAAGGGAGUGUUAGCCCCGGCCCCGUUGACGACCAAGUUUACCCUUAGCUCCGAUCUGGAGACAAACGAGCAUCUAUUCACAUUGCAACUCUGCCACGCACAGUACGAUGGACCCUCUUUGUUCUCCGUUCUGUCGGACAUUGCCUCCACCUACAGUGCCCCAUCAUCCCCGCCCCUGACUCGUACCCUGCCUUUCUCCCACUACCUAUAUGCAUCUCGCGUCUCUCGCACAGACGCCUCCCUCGGCUUCUGGAAGGAAUACUUAGCUGGCUCAUCUGGGCUGACAGCCGUCCCUUCUUCCACCGGUCUAGGGGAGAGGAAAGGUCAUUCGCCCAUGAGCAGCGUCCAAGAAGCAAUUGGUGCAGUCCCUCCUCUAUCAUCAGACAUCACCUUCCCCACCCUCGUCAACGCCGCCAUCGCCCUGUCUCUGGCCAAUCUCACCCAGGCCAACGACGUUACCUUUGUCUGCGUAAUGAGCUCGCGCGAUGUUCUCGCCACCGCCGCCUCCCCCAAGUCCCAAGAAGUUGAUCUCCUCCUUGGUCCGUGUAUCAACCGCACCCUGCUCCGCGUCCAGCUUCCUGAGGCCACAACAAACUCCUCAAGUCUAGACUUCUGUCGCCAGUUGCGCAGCGACCAAUCCCGUGUUUCGGGCGAGGGACACCUGGGAUUAACUGAUGUGGUCGAGAACUGUACCGACUGGCUUCGUCUUUCUUCCUCCACCGCUUCGGGUGCAGACCAACUCCUGAAAGAGACCCCAUUCAUUAUCCAUCUCCCUGCUGACACCGCGACGCCUUCCUUUUCUUUAACCGAGGAUCUUGAUGUGACAUGGAAGUCAACGGACGUCCGUAUCGACCCCGAAAAUCAGGUCUUCGUGCGGUCGACCACUUCGACGACCACAGAGAACAAACUGAACGCCUGCAUCCAAGUCCAGGCUUCUGAUGCAGUGCUAAGCGCAGAGGAUGCUUCUGUAUUAGCUACCCACAUUCUAGAGACAGUGCAGCUGUUAUCGGCAGCCCCUAAGGUGCUAGUUCGAGAUAUUUUACAUUCGGGCGAGAUUUGA